AUGGAAGGGGGAUUUUCCAUUAUUGUUAUCAUUAAUUUUUAUGAGUUGGACAUUUUAUAUAUAAUUGCCGUUCUUUAUAUUUCUGCUUUUCCAUUUUUCCUUCUUUUCUUUUUCAUUUCUUUUUUCUUUUCAUUUUUCUUUUCUUUCUUUUUGUACUUUUUUCAUUCUUUUAUUUUUUUCAUUUUUCUGUCUUUUCUUCUUUUUUCUCCUUUUUAUAUUUCUGCCGAGUUUCUUUUUUUACUAACUUUUUCGUUGUGCCUUUUCUGUCUUUUUCUUUUUUCUUUCUUUUUCCUUUUUUCUUUCUUUUUCCUUUUCUUUCUUUUCUUUUCCUUUUUCUUUUUCUGUCUUUUUCUUUUUUCUUUCUUUCCUUUUUUCUUUCUUUUUCCUUUUCUUUCUUUUCUUUUCCUUUUUCUAUCUUUUUCUUUUUUCUUUCGUUCCUUUUUUCUUUCUUUUUCAUUUUCUUUCUUUUCUUUUCCUUUUUCUUAUUCUGUUUUUUAUUUUUAUUUUUUUCUAUCUUCUGUUAUUUUUUUCCAUUCCUUUUUUUUCUAUAUUCCCUCACUCUCUCGAUACGCCUGUGAUCUUUUUUCUGUUGUUUCUUUUUUUGUUUUUAUUUGUUUUUUGUUUCUUUUCAGCUGUUAUCUGUUUUUGUUUCUUUUUUGUUUCUUUUUCUGUUUGUUUCUUUUUUGCUUCUUAUUUUCUUUUUAUUUCUUUUCUGCUGUUUCUGUUUCGUUUCUUUUUUGUUUCUUUUUUGUUUCUUAUCUUCUUUUUUCUAUUUGUUUUGCUUCUUAUUUUCUUUUUUUUUCUGCUGUUUCUGUUUUGUUUCUUUUUUGUUUUUUAUUUUCUUUUUUUUUUUGUUUUGUUUUGUUUCUUAUUUUCUUUCUUUUUCUUUUCUGA